GCCACGUCAAGACAAAGCGAUUCUUCUUCUCUUCCUCCAAGCAGCCAGUCUUGUAGAACCUCGAAGAUAACCCAACCAACCCCUCUGGAUAUCCUUCCUUUUAAUUCUUGCAAAAGAUUGAAUCCUCUUUCCCCCCCUUUUCGCUUUUAAACCCAUGAAUCAAUGAAUGAAUGAUGUAAAAGGGUUCAUUCCAUUAAUAUGAUGAAACAUUUCAGUUGCAGUAAUUCCCCAUUCCGGUCCAUUCUCUUCCUCGUCUUCUUGCUCACAGCGUUUCUAGUUCCUGCAUCUUUAGCCCUCAAUUCAGACGGUCUCUCGCUCUUAGCUCUGAAAUCCGCCAUUACAGCUGACCCAACUCAGCUCCUCGCCACCUGGUCCGAGCUGGACCCGACCCCUUGCCGCUGGGCUGGGAUCACAUGCGACCCCAACACCCAAAGGGUCGCCUCCAUUUCCUUACCCAACGCCGCCCUCACCGGCUACAUCCCGUCGGAGCUCGGAGCUCUCUCUUCUCUCUCAUUUCUUUCUCUCGCUUUCAACAACUUCUCCAACCCUAUUCCCUCCCACCUCUUCAAUGCCUCAUCACUGCUCUACCUCGACCUCUCCCACAACUCCUUCUCUGGACCCUUGCCACACCAGAUCACUAGCCUCACUAAAAUCCGUCACCUCGACCUCUCUUCCAAUCUCCUUAAUGGGUCCCUCCCGGAAGAGCUCUAUACCCUUCCCAACCUCGCCGGAACUUUGAAUCUCUCGUAUAACAGUUUUUCCGGAGAAAUCCCGGCGACGUACGGACUCUUCCCGGUGAUUCUUAGCCUGGACCUCCAGCACAACAACCUUACCGGGAAGGUACCUCUGGCGGGGUCACUGUUGAACCAGGGGCCCACCGCGUUUUCCGGGAACCCCUACCUCUGCGGAUUCCCAUUGGAGAUUUCAUGUCCGGAACAGGCAGGGGGAAACCCUAGCGGCUCGACUGAAUCGGAAAAUCCCCGAAGCCCUGCUGAUUUCGCAAAUGAGCGGGUCGAUAGAGGCAGAGCGAGGUAUGGGUUGGUGACCGGUUCUCUGAUUUCCGUCUUCUUGGCAGUGGUCGGAGUAGGGUUGGUCAGCUUGUGGGUGUACCGGAAGAAACAGAAUUGGACGGAGGGAAAAAUCGGGAAAGAGACAUUGGGAAUGCCAGAGAAGUGCAAGAAGGAAGACGGUCAAAAGGGGAAGUUUGUGACGUUAGACGAAGGGUUCUGGUUGGAAUUAGAUGAUUUGCUGAAGGCAUCAGCGUUUCAAGUAGGGAAUGGUAGGAGCGGGAUAGUGUACAAGGUGGUGUCAGGCGGCCGUGGGAAGGGAUCGAUGGUGGUGGGAAGUGGCGGUGACACUGUGGUGGCGGUGAGGCGGUUAAGUGAAGGAGAUGCGGUGUGGCGGAUCAAGGAGUUCGAAUCGGAGGUCGAGGCCAUUGGAAGAGUCCAACAUCCCAACAUUGUUAGAUUGAGAGCCUAUUACUAUGGCAGUAAUGAGAAGCUUCUAGUUACAGAUUUUAUCAGCAAUGCGAGUUUGCACGAUGCUUUACAUGGUGGACCAGGCGUUUCUUUGCAACCACUGUCAUGGGCAGAUAGAUUGAAGAUCGCCAAAGGGAUCGCCCGUGGUCUGACCCACAUUCAUGAGUGCAGCCCCAAACGGUAUGUUCAUGGCAACAUAAAAUCAUCAAAGAUUCUCCUUGAUGAUGACCUAAUGCCUUACAUCUCUGGGUUCGGAUUAACCCGCCUUGCGCCCAACUCAUCAAGACUCACAACUUCAUCUUCCAAAAAGACUACCAACGCCAACACGAAACCCGAAACCCGCUUUCCAGUCACCAAGUUAACGCAGAAAUGCGAUGUGUAUUCUUUCGGGGUAGUGCUUUUGGAGAUUUUAACUGGUCGGGUGCGUGAUGGGGGAGCCGAGGGUGAUGGCAAGGGACUCGAUGAGAUGGUGAGGGUGGCUUUCAAGGAGGAAAAGCCUUUGUCGGAGAUUAUAGAUCGUCACUUGUUGCCUGAGGUUCACUGCAAGAAGCAGGUCCUGGCAACAUUUCACAUUGCCCUAAAUUGCACGGAGUUGGAUCCCGAACUUCGGCCUCGGAUGAGAACAGUUGCUGAUAGUCUGGAUCGGGCCAGUUUGUCUUAGAGAAAUUGUUCUAAUCCUUUUGUGGAUAAGUAAGGUCUUUGUGAAGCUUGUAGCUAGUUUGGUCAUUACUCAUUAAUGAGGACGAGUCAGGAGUGUUGGUUGCAUUAAUGAAGACUUGAUUAAUGUAAGCAGAAAAUCCGGGAUAGACCGUGGGAAUGUGGAAUUUAAUCAAUGAAACAAGUUCCUCUAAUUUUUG